AUGAGUUCCCAUGUGUGUGAAGCAUUUAAAUUUGUUGAUCAAAUUUUGCCUGAUGGUUUUGAUUUCGAGAAGGAUCAUAAAACUUCUAAUAAAUACAAUUAUUAUUGUCGAACUAACAAGAAACCAUGGAAAAGAGAAUGUAAUACUAUCGGUGAAGUAGUUAACGCUGUUACUAUAAUGUUACUUCAUAAAUUAUCCGUUUUGAAUAAAAAUAUAGAAUAUGAAAAUAAAAAUAACGAAUACAUCACGUAUGCUAUGCUAUGGUUAAGUAAUAAAAUGAAACUAAUUAAAAUAGGGAGCUACGGAAGCGUGGCAGAUUUUCAUGUCACGUUUAUACGAAAUAGUAAAAAGUAUCAACUAUAUCAUGAUAAAAUCAAUAAAAACCGCAAACUAAUGAAUCUUGAAAUUCAUAGAAUGCGUAAACUUUAUGGGUUACUUAAUGAGUUGUGUAAUGCAAUUACUAAACAUACCACCGAUCCUUCAAAUUGCUCCAAUUUUUCAAAAUUUGUUAAUGAUUGGAUAAAAUUAUACAUACAACUUGUUUUAAAAAAAAAAAAAUUUUUUGAAGAUGAAUAUUAUUGUAAUGUAUUGGUGACUUUAAAAAAUGCUUAUGAGAAAUUUAAAAAAGAUAAUGAUACCAAAAAAAAUUUUCCAGAAAUUAUAGAGAUAGAAAAAAUAAAAACUUGUGAGGAAUUAGGUAAAGAAGCAACAAGUUCAUCGAAAGUUCUAAAAGUGGAGUUCAAUGAAGUGAAGACACAAAAUGAUUUAGAGAAAGGCAAAGAUACCUCGAGAUAUAUAGAUUUUAAAAAUAUAUUUGAAUUUUAUGGUUCAUUUUUUAGUAGUAUGUUUACUAAUAUUAAAGAUAGCUUAUAUGAAAAUGUGUUGCCAACGUUAACAGAUUUUUACGGUAAAUUUAAAAAUUUUGCUGGUAACACGAUUAAUCAUGUGAAUAAAGAACUUAAAAAAGCAAUAGAAACUUAUGCACCAAAUAAUUGUAUAUCUGAGGAAAAAGACCAAGGGAGUAAUCCACCAUCAUCUCAAGAAAGUCUAUCUGAAAAAGGAGAUUCUGAUCAAAAGGGUUGCGAAGCAUCUCAAAUAUCAUUGACACGUCCAGUGAUGAAACCAGAAACUCCAAUAUCCGACGUAGAAAGAGAUGGAAGAACAGGAAUAGGUGAUAAUCCAUUCAACGUAUACAAGAACAUGGGAAUUUCAAUUUUAAUUAUUUUAAUACCCAUUGCUUUAGCUAUUAUGUACAAGUAUUUGCCAUUUGGAUGGAGAAAAAAAUCAAAGAAAAAAAAAAAGAUGAAAAAGGCUAUAAAUAUGUUUGAUACAAAUGAAACAACAGAAGAAGUUAUAAACCCAACUGAUCGAAAAAAACAAAUGAAAAUAACUAUAAAUUUAUCUAAUCAAAACAAACAGGAUAAAAAGCUUACCAAUUCAUCUACUCCAAAAAAACAGGAUAAACAAUUUAUAAAUUCAUCUACUCCCAAAAAACAGGAUAAACAAUUUAUAAAUUCAUCUACUCCCAAAAAACAGGAUAAACAGUUUAUAAACUCAAAUGAUCGAAAGAAAAAAGUGGAAAUAAUUAUAAAUUCAUCUAAAAAAAAACAGACUAAGGAUUUUAUAAAUUCCACUUAUUGGGGAAAAUAUCCAUUAUUAAAUAUAUAUAAACUUAUGAAGGCCGAUCCUGUACCGUUUAUAAUUUUAUUUUUGUUGUUUAUUUUUUAUCUUUAUAAAAGAAAAGGCGAUUCUUUAGAAUAA